AUGCCUCCUUCGCACUGGAAACCUCCUUGGUUUUUCUUUGAUCCUCUCGAUACCUUCGCAAGCGCCCUCGUCUCGUCCAUAAAUACCGGCUUCGCCGUGUUUCCGAUCUUUCCUCACCAGCCUACUUUCCCAGCCAGCUUCCUCAACUUCCAUUACAACCUUCAGUACUUCCUCCACAUCGUAUCCCAAGCCGUACUUCGUCUUCUCAGAACCAUUACUGCUAUGUCUUCCGAAAAGUCUACUAUGUCCUCGCCUGUUGAGAUUCCAGCCCCUCGCGGCUACCAAGCAAUAUCCAAUCCGACUCCCGCCAACGAUACCCCUCGUACCGCGGACAUCCCUGUCCACCCGAUGGUUGGUCCUGAUGCUAAUCCAGUCAAUCAGCCUGCAGACACUCAGGUUGAUCCUAUGGCUGAUCAAGACACCGAAAUGAAAGCAACCGUCCUCGACAACGCUCCCGACCUCUCUCGUCCUCCGCCUAUCACUGCCUUCCCAGCUCCCAUCCCUCUCCCUUAUGGGAUGGAGCUCAUCCAAACGGGUACCCACUUCCUUCCUCAAAAGGAAAAGUGGCAAUGCCACUACGAUCCGGCCAGGAGCUUCGAUUUGUCCACGAUCCCGGAUGAGGUUCCUGUCCCUCGUGGUUUUGCUGAUCCCCAUCCGUUCUGCGACAUGCCUGUGUGCUGCGACCCCGUGUUCCAAAACCCGCCGCCUGGACUCGUCCUUCCUUCGACUUUUAAUCCGCUCGUGGCCACCAACCUCCAGUCGCAUGCUCCUGGUGCUCAUCCCGCUUCGGCUUCGUCCUCCGCCUCUGAUGUGUCGACCUAUCCUCCGCUCUCCGAGUUCCUUCACCUCGACCACCAAUCCGUCCAGGGCCUGCUCUCCAAGAAGAAUUCGCCACCAGAAGCCACCUGCUUAUAUACCGAAGAAGAUGUGAUGCGUAUCUUUGAAGGUAUCGCCCCUGAGUUUGUUUGGUUGUGUGAUGAUUUCCCUCCUCACACUUUAAAUGAAUUCGACCGCCGUGUUAUGUUCUUUGAGAACAUGCAAUGGCACUUCAAGUGCAAGAAGUCCACCUACUUGUCGACCCGUAACUUCUGA